CUCCAUUUCUUCUUUAGAUUAUAAGUACUCGUUUCUCUCACUUGAAAAAAGCUGAAAAAAAUGACGAAACCCAAAUCUUUAUGCCUCUUACCCUUUUCCCUUGCCUUUCUUAUUUCCUCUUGCGCCGCCAUUUUCCCCAUCGUAGACGACUUACGUGUUGCCGGAUCGAGCUUUCCGUCGCUGCAAGCAAAGAAGUUGAUAAGGGAAUUGAAUUUAUUUCCUAAAGAGGAAGUCAACGUGGUCGAUGAAGGCCUUGUUUCAUUACCGGAGGGUUCGAAGCUGGUGGAGAAGCGUUUCAAGUUCCCAGAUGUCGAAGCGCUUGGUGGGGUUUCUGUUGAGGAUUUGGGUCAUCAUGCUGGGUAUUACAAGCUUCGUAAUUCUCAUGAUGCCAGAAUGUUCUACUUCUUCUUUGAAUCACGCAAUAGCAAAAAGGACCCUGUUGUAAUCUGGCUGAGUGGAGGACCAGGUUGCAGUAGUGAGUUGGCUUUGUUCUAUGAAAACGGGCCUUUCACCGUUGCUGAUAACAUGUCUCUUGUCUGGAAUGAGUUUGGUUGGGACAAGGCAUCAAACCUUCUAUAUGCAGACCAACCUAUUGGUACUGGCUUUAGUUAUAGUACAGACAGAAGAGACAUUCGCCACAAUGAAGACGAAGUUAGCAAUGACCUUUAUGACUUCUUACAGGCAUUCUUUACAGAACACCCCGAGUUUGCAAAUAAUGACUUUUAUAUAACUGGAGAAUCAUAUGCUGGACACUACAUUCCAGCUUUUGCCGCACGAGUCCAUCGAGGAAAUAAAGCUGAAGAUGGAAUUCAUAUAAACCUAAAGGGCUUUGCUAUUGGAAAUGGCUUAACUGACCCUGCAGUCCAAUAUAAAGCUUACCCUGAUUUUGCUUUGGACAUGGGGUUAAUUAAGGAGACUGACUAUAAACUUAUCAACAAGCUGGUUCCAGUUUGUGAACUUGCAAUCAAGCUUUGUGGCACUGAUGGUACGCUCUCCUGCAUGGCUUCCUAUUUUGUAUGCAAUGCCAUAUUCAGCGGCAUCAUAGCACGUACUGGUGAUAUCAACUACUAUGAUAUUAGAAAGAAAUGCGAGGGGAGUCUUUGCUACGACUUCUCGAACAUGGAGACGUUUCUGAACAAGAAAUCGGUUAGGGAUGCUCUUGGUGUUGGGAAUAUAGACUUUGUGUCCUGCAGUCCUACCGUGUAUCAGGCCAUGCUAGUUGACUGGAUGCGAAAUCUUGAAGUCGGCAUUCCUGCUCUCCUUGAGGAUGGAAUCAAGCUUCUUGUCUAUGCUGGGGAAUAUGAUCUUAUCUGCAACUGGCUUGGCAAUUCAAGAUGGGUUCAUGCAAUGCAAUGGUCUGGCCAAAAAGAGUUUGUAGCAUCGCCAGAGGUUCCAUUUGUAGUUGAUGGCUCUGAAGCAGGAGUUUUGAAAACUCAUGGACCUCUCGCUUUCCUCAAGGUUCAUGAUGCGGGUCACAUGGUUCCUAUGGACCAGCCCAAGGCAGCCUUAGAGAUGCUGAAAAGAUGGACCAACGGCUCACUAGCUGAUUCUGGUGGUUCACAGAAAAUGUUUGCUGAAAUGUGAUUUUCUUCACUUUUCUGUGUCUGCACUGAAAUCCUAGUUGGCAGAAAAAAAAAGCCCAAAGAAGAAAGAGAUGCUUUGAAUGCCUGUAAACAUAUGCAUGUGGGCUAACAUAGAACUCUGGUUAUCUUGGUGCUUUGAAGUUUACCUUCACAAAUUAAUAAAGUGUUUUGAACUCC